ACUGAUGCUGGUCUCCCAGGAGAGCCAGGCUGUCUGCUGUACUGACUUCCUGAUUAAGAGCCUCUUUUCCUCCGCAGCAGCCGUGGGUGGCUGUGCAGGCCCUUCCUCUUUCUUGAGAACAUGGCAUGGGCUGGGGAUGGCUUGCAUUGUUCUCCCUUAACUUCUCAGACAAUAGCGUCUCCAUACUGCUCUUCUCAUAGGCUUCUGCUGGACUUGCCAGGCAUUUCCUACUUUCUGCAUCAUAGUGCCAGCGCAAGUUUAAAUGUUUCCCAAAAACGUACUAGAGAAGAGAGGAACGUGACCUGCCACCCAGCACUCUGACCUUUAAGUGCAUCCUUUGGCCCAGAUCUUAAUGAGUGUAUCGCAUAGUGUUUUGGUAGCACUAGCUUCCCUUUGAUCUCAAGAGACACCAGUGUGAUAGGAGUCCCCAGUGAGCCAGACAGUUCCCUUGGGGCCUGGAGCAAGAUGGAGCCAGACGGGUGCCAUUCCUCACCCCCUGAGCCCGUCAGUCCAGAUUGGAGCUAGUGUCCUCUGGAGGGGAAAGUCCCAUAUCUCCUGAGCCAAUUUAUUCCUCCAACCUAGGACCAGAUUGGAACUCUAGAGAUGAAAGGUCCCAUAAUUGCUUUCUCAAUCCCCAGGGUAUCUGCUUUUAAGUUAGUCCCUCCCCUUUCCUCCAAGUAUGCAGCUGAACACCUUCCCACUGGCUUCCCAUCACUGGGAGGAGGGGCUGCGUGUUCUGCCCUGAAAAGCAGCUUUAGAAGAGAUGUUCUGCUUCAUGUUCAUAGUCUUGUCCCAAGCCCAAAGAUGAGUUCUCUGGUUCCCUGAAGUUGGAUCCUCUGCCUUGUGUAUCAGCAGUAACAAAUGCAGCCAGAAUUGACGCUCAGCAGAGCUGUUUUCUCAGUCUCUGUAGCAGGAUGGGGGGCAGAGGGGCGGCGCAUGAGGCCCAGCUGCACGGAAGUUGCAGUGCUAGUGGGAGUACAGAGUCGCCAGUGGGACUCUGACAUCCAGCUGUCUCUCUCUCAGAUCCACCUUGGAGGAGGUUUCCCUGCAGUGCUGUCUCUUCCCUCUCACUGGGCCAUGUGCUGGGGUUGCUGGGUGUUUGAAGGAGUCUAUAACAAUUCUCGAAUGCUGCAUUUCCUGACGGCUGUUGUGGGCUCCACGUGUGAUGUGAAGGUGAAAAAUGGCAGCACCUUUGAGGGGAUUUUUAAAACCCUCAGCUCUAAGUUCGAGCUUGCUGUGGAUGCGGUGCACAGGAAGACCCCAGAUCAGCUGGUGGGACCUAAGCGGGAGGACAUUGUGGACACCAUGGUCUUCAAGCCCACUGAUGUCAUGCUGGUGCAUUUCCGUAAUGUUGAUUUCAAUUACGCCACCAAAGACAAGUUCACGGACUCUGCCAUCGCCAUGAACUCCAAGGUUAAUGGGGAGCACAAAGAGAAGGUGCUGCAGCGCUGGGAAGGAGGGGACAGCAACAGUGAUGACUAUGACCUGGAAUCUGACAUGUCUAAUGGCUGGGAUCCCAAUGAGAUGUUCAAGUUUAAUGAAGAGAACUAUGGCGUGAAGACAACGUACGACAGCAGUUUGUCCUCCUACACCGUUCCUCUAGAGAAAGAUAACUCGGAGGAGUUCCGGCAGCGGGAAGCCCGGGCAGCCCAGUUGGCCCGGGAGAUUGAGUCGAGCCCCCAGUACCGCCUGCGCAUUGCCAUGGAGAAUGACGACGGCCGGACGGAGGAGGAGAAGCACAGCUCUGUGCAGAGGCAGGUGUCUGGCAGGGAUAGCCCCAGCUUGGCCUCCAGGGAGGGCAAGUAUGUCCCGCUACCACAGCGCGUCAGAGAGGGCUCGCGAGGAGGCAUCCGGUGCAGCAGCUCCCGGGGUGGGAGGCCAGGAGUGGGGUCCAUGCCUCCCCGGGGCAGUGCGCACCAUCCAGACAGCAACUCUAGUCCCGCCCCGGAGCAGCGAGGGAUCAAUGGAGGACCCUCCCGAAUGUCUCCGAAGUCCCAGCGUCCCAUCCGGGGUGCCAAGACCAUGUCUUCCCCAUCAAGCCGCCCUGUGGAGGUCUCAGUAGCUCCCCCUGCAGUGGGCCGCAUGUACCCUCCUCGCUCUCCCAAGUCUGCCUCAGCCACUCCAGCCUCUUCCCAGGAUUCUCCGGUGGGCUCUGCCGUGUCAGCAGCACCCGCAUCCCCAUUGGAGGCCAGAACUGGCCUGGAGUCAAGUGUUUCCCCAAACCCUCCUUCUCCCAAAGUAGCCGCCCCCGUGCCGGUCACUGCUGUUGAGGGGAAAGAGGCUCCCACAUCUGUGGCUAAAGAUCCUGGCAGAACCUUGGAAGCAACGGGGUCCUGUGAACUCAGCAAGGCAGCUAACAAAGCAGGGCUGCAGAAUGAGCAGAAGCGGACCCAGCUGGAGGAGCUGCGCAAGUUUGGGGCCCAGUUCAAGCUCCAGCCGAGCAGUUCCCCAGAGACCAGCCUGGAGUCCUUCAGUGCCAGGCCCAAGGAGCCUCUGGAGGGCAAGGAGAAGUCCCUUGAGCCAGGCAUCUGCGAGGGGCCCGAGGAGGCUCCCCCUGUGAGCAUGGUGCCAAAGCCCAACGGGACCAGCCUGGAGCUGCUGCCGGAGAGUGGCAAAGAGGAGAAGGGGCUGUGUGAGGUGGCCGAGCAGCAGGCGACCAACCCCCCAGGCAAGGGCGAGCCCGAGGACAAAGAGGAGGGGCCUGUGUCUGAGCAAGUGAAGAAAUCGACUCUGAAUCCCAAUGCCAAGGAGUUCAACCCCUCGAAAACGCUGCUUUCCGUGAACAAGUCGACGAGCACCCCCACGUCACCGGGCCCUCGUGCCCAUUCCACUCCCUCCAUCCCAGUGAUCACGGCUGGCCAGACGGGCAUGUACAGCCCCCAGUACAUUUCCUACAUACCUCAGAUCCACAUGAGCCCUGCCGUCCAGGCGCCCCAGAUGUACCCCUACCCUGUCUCCAGCUCUGUGCCUGGCCAGCAGGGCAAGUACCGAGGGGCCAAAGGUUCCCUACCGCCCCAGCGCUCAGACCAGCAUCAGCCAACAUCCGCACCCCCCAUUAUGCAGGCAGCAGCGGCGGCAGGGCCCCCCCUGGUAGCAGCUACACCCUACUCCUCCUACAUUUCCUAUAACCCCCAGCAGUUCACGGGGCAGCCCACCAUGAUGCAGCCUAUGGCGCACUACCCUUCUCAGCCUGUAUUUGCCCCGAUGCUCCAGAGCAAUCCCCGCAUGAUGACAUCUGGCAGCCACCCCCAGGCCAUUGUGUCGUCCUCCACGCCCCAGUACCCCCCCUCGGAGCAGCCCACGCCCCAGACGCUCUAUGCUACAGUUCAUCAGUCCUAUCCCCACCAUGCGACACAGCUGCACCCCCACCAGCCUCAGCCAGCCACCACCCCGACAGGGAACCAACAGCAGGCCCAGCAUGCUGCCCCCAGCCCCGUACAGCACCAGGCUGGGCAGCCGCCCCACCUGGCCAGUGCCCAGCAGCAGCAGAACCUGUACCACACAGCCACGCUGACGGCCACGCCGCCCUCCAUCACGCCAGGGCCCAGUGCCCAGUCCCCCCAGAGCAGCUUCCCACAGCAGGCUGUCUACGCCAUCCACGCCCACCAGCAGCUGCAGCACAGCUACACCAACAUGGCCCACGUCACCCAGGCCCAUGUCCAGACUGGAAUAACAGCAGCACCGCCCCCCCACCCUGGGGCACCUCAUCCCCCCCAGGUCAUGCUGCUUCACCCCACGCAGACCCAUGGGGGGCCCCCCCCAAGGUGGCGUGCCACAGAGCGGGGUGCCCACUCUCUCAGCCUCCACACCAUCUCCAUACACCUAUAUAGGACACCAUCAAGUCUCACCCAUCCCAGCAGCUCCCAUUCCACCCCCCUGGAAAUUGAAGCCUCGAUUCCUGACUGUGAACUGAACUCCCAGCGCCGGCCCCUGCCCGGGAUCCGGUUUGCUCCUUCUGCCCCCUUGCGUGUGCCCUGGCCUGGCAGCCUGCCCCUAACAGUGCCACAGCAGGGGGCGGGGCUUUACCAAGCACCUUUUUUGUUGGCUUGCGAAGCGCGCAGCAGCAAGAGCCACCUGCCCCUGGCUCCUGGAGCUGCCAAGGUUUUAUUUUCUAUUAUUUAUAACUCCAAUCGGGCUGUUAAAUAGAGUGUUGGGCUCCCCUCCCCUAGUAACAUGAACACAGGAGCAGACCAGACUGAUGAACACCGACUUUUUAUUACAUAAAAAUAUUUAAAAAGUGGAAAAAAAAUAAAAUAAAAUUUUAAACUAACUCCA